AUGGAAUACCGGAGUUUGACCACUUUCCAAAUUCCACGUAUCCAAUCUUCUGCCUUCGACAUGCCAGCUGCCAAAUCGAAGACCUCUUCCAAUGGAAACGGUGCCGCUAAAGGCAAAGCCCCUUCGACCAGCGGAACUGCUACUCCUGUCUCCGCGACCGACAAAAAGGACACGUCGGACCAGCUUGCAGCUUUUGCUGGCGGAAAACCCGACAAGAAGGCUUAUGAUGCGGAACAGCUAAAAAUCAAGGCCGAGAUUGAUACUUUGCAGGUUAAACUUGCGACUGUUCGUGACAAAAUUGCUCUCGCGACAAAGUCUGGUCCUGGGAAUGAUCGUCGGAAUGCUCUUCGCUCGGAACUGGAUGGUAUUAGGGACCAGCAAUCCUUUAACAAGAAUUCCAGAAGCAAAAUCAUUGACCAGAUCAAGAGCCUCCAAGAUGGAAUUCAGAAAAAGAUCAAAGAUUUGCAAGCUGCAAAAUCGAGGAUCCCAUUCAAAACUGUCGAUGACGUCGAUGCCCACAUCAAAAAUCUGGAGAAGCAGGUGGAGUCUGGCAGCAUGAAGCUCGCCGAUGAGAAACGUGCUCUUCAGGAAAUCAGCUCUGCUAAACGGAGUCGUAAAACUGUCGAAAAUUUCCAGGCUGAGCAAGAUAUCAUCGAGGCUGAUCGCAGGAGGAUAGAGGAAUUGCGUGCGGAGCUGGAUGAUCCUGUCUCGAAAGCCGCGUCGGAACGUUAUGACAUUAUAAAGGCAGAGCUUGACGAGUUGAAGAAAGAAAGCGAUGAGGCCUAUGCUAGUCGUAACAAACUCUUUGAAGAACGUGACAACAUCCAGAACCAGCUCAAAUCCCUCUUCGACGACAAACGUGAAUCUGUUAAUCGAUACCGGGAAGCAAAUGACCGCUACUGGACGAAGGUCAACGAAGAUCGUGCCAGGCGUGCAGAGAAGCUCCGAGCUCAGCGUGCGGCUGAAGAGGCCCAGAAAAAGAGAGAGAUUGCUGAACGUCUUCUCGAUGAAGCUCAAGUACCUGCCUUCCAGGCCCAGGUUGAAGAUUGCCAAACCCUGAUCGAUUACUUCUCGGGCAAGAACACCGGCAACGUCACGUACAAAUCUGCACCUCUCGCUGUCAAGGCUGAAGUCGCUGGUGUGCCCAAGUUAGACAUCCGAAAGGUCGAAGAUGCACCGGAGGGUUUUGUUGCCAGGAAGAAGAAAGGAGAAGAGGAGGACGCUUACUUCGUCGGAGGAAAAACCAAGGCCAAGAGCAAGAAGGGACUCAAGGCCAGCACCGCUGCUCAGGAUGGGUCAACACCAACGUCGGCUCUGAACGUACCUCUUCCCACACUGGCUGCACUACUCGCACUGUCUAUUCCUCCUCCCGCAUCCGGCGCUGACACUGCUCGAGUGAUUGAAGACCUUGGCACCAAGAAGGCAUGGUUCGAAGCGAAUCAGGCUCGCCAGACAGCGGAGAACAUCGCAAAGGCUCAGGCGGAGAUCCAACGUCUCAAUGCUAAGGAUGAAACAACACUAUCGACACCACAGGGCAAGGCUCCGGCAGAGCCCACUCCUACUCCCAAGGCAGGCGAGGACGCUACCGCUGAAGUGCCAAGUAACGUGUUGGACAUCAAUCGGGAAGAUGUUCAGGAAGGGGAGGCGCAGGAAGCAUCCUGA